CUCCGCCCUCUCAUUCUCGUAUUCCUCAUCCUCCUCCCGCUGCCCAAUUCCGUUCGCUCUCCUUCCGUAUCCAUUUUGGCUCAAGCCACGUGGGCUUGAGACGGAACUACCAGAGUGAAGUUGCCGAUUCGGACAAGCCAUCGUUCACCCAAGUCCACAAUACGUUCGAGCAUGGAGGAAGAGAGCAUGGACGAAGGGAACCUUAAAGUGUGGUCCCCUGCGCAUGGCCCCCGCCAGGUGUUUUUCAGCAUGGUGGUGAAGCUCUUGUACGACAUCGACAAUGUUAACCAAAGAUUUUCUGCUAAGAUCUUGUUGCGCUUCCAGUGGAUGCUGAGCGAGGAGGAGAUGCGCAGUUGGGAAGCGGACCAUCGGAGGUUUAAGGCUGAAUGGACCCCUCCUGUCGUAGACGUACGAAAUUCGAUGGACAUGUCUGUGGAGCAAUCUGAAGUAUCAGUUGGGAUGCUAGGAAACAUGCUGAUUGGUAAAUGUACGCAAGCAUUAUCGGGCACUUUCCUAGAGGUCAUGGAGCUGCAGCGUUUCCCUUUCGACCAUCAAGAGUUCACAGUGAUUCUCCAGUUCCCAGAUUCCGACGAGAAGUUCCAGUUGCGCCCUGCUGCGGACCAGCCGCGGUUCGUCCAGAUGCCCCAGGACCCCCAACUCUUGCCCGAGUACGUCUUCAGCAAUCCAGUGCUGGAGUUGGGGAGCACAAGUUUCGAAGAAUUACAACAUGACUUCAAGUACAAGACCAUAUCCCAGCCGACUUUGGUUUUGCGCUUGCAGGCGUGCCGGUCAUGGAUGAGUUACGUGAAUAAGAUCGUGAUCACGCUUGCUCUAGUGUCUGCUGCCGUCAUUCUUGCGUUCUUGAUACCGAGCGGUGAUCUGGCAGACCGACUUGCACACGCCACGACGCUUUUCUUGACGGCAAUCGCUUUCCAACUUGUGGUUUCAACAUCGUUGCCUCAGAUAGAUUACAUGACGGUGAUGGAUAAAUACAUCAUGCACCUGAAUGUAUUCAUAUUGUCUGUGAUGGGGUCGAUGAGUUUUCUUGGUUGGGCUGGUCAACAAGAUGAUUGGGAGGCGGAGAGCAUUGCGGAUCUUGACAGGUACGCCUUGAUAGUCGCACUCUGCAUGUGGUGCGCGAUCCAUGGGCUAUUGGGGUACCGGGGUUGGCACGCCUUGCGGUGUUCUCAGUCCGUCGGAAUCGUGUCCUCCAGCGGGUCAUCGAUGCCGAGCCUCAGCGCGAGCUCGCAGUACACGAUGGUAGUAGGCGCUACGCAAAAGUUCUUUGGCAGUUUUCCAGAGUACCAGGCGGAGGCGAAUAUUGCCAACGACUUCACAUUCUGGACAGGGAUUUGGUAUUCAAAGGAUUUCUACGGACCCCAUGGCAUUGAGUACGUUUUCUUUUUCAUGGAAAGCGACCAUGAAGGAAAGGCUCAGUUGAUGGCGCGCAAAAUCACAGGUGACAAUAACGUACCGUGCGGUGAAAUCUCAAUUCGCACCACAAAUGGCGUGCCAGAAUUGGGCGGGUCAUCUGUGCCCUUUGAAGUCAAGGUGCGAGAGGACACGUCUGAUCCAGAAGGCUUCUUCUGGGUCACUUCAGGAUCCAUGCGUGCGCAUUCGUUGAAUCAAUUGAAUAUCUAUUAUGAAAGCCUUCCCACAGUUGUUUCUUCCACCUUUGUGCGCCAGUUUAGUAUUAGCUAGCCCGGGAGUGCUGAGGGGCUCCUGCAUGCUUCCGGACUGGGGUGAACCAAUUCUGUCGUUCCACUAGCUGAUUCCUGAUAGCUCCAUUCAUCCUGUCGCCACAGAGCGUCAAUGACCCUAGAACUGGCACGUACGUUGGAAAAUUCGUAGACCAUCGAAUCGAG